UGCGGGAUAUGGAGACAUUUAUGGAAAAGAUAAGUUCUAAAAGUUCUCCAAAUCAAUUGAGUCAAUUUUCUUAUAUUGUCUCUGGCGUUCCAAAUUUCAAGAGAAAGUCGAACGAGGAACAAUUUAACUACAAUAGCAAAGUAAGCAUGGCACUCGAAGAGGCCGAACAAGCCGCAGUGUCCGAGAGAACCGACGAGGCAAGGCAAAAAAUUGCAGAAGCGCAAGCCUUGGUGGCUCAUAGGCAAAAGUUGAUACGCUUGGCUGAUUCUUCAGACCUAGGUUGGAGACUCGUUACAGAGUACGAAGCUAAUCCACUUGCCGACGAUUCAGACGACGAGCGUAGAAUGUUAAAGGCUGAAACACGGGCGAGCAGAAAACUUAAAGCUGAAAAGCAAAAGAAGUCACGCAGCGCACACACGGCUCCUUACCGGAAGCCAAGCAGCACUUUUACGGGUCAUUCCCAGAUGUCAACGGCAACGUCAGUAGCACAGUCGACACCGCGCAGACCAGGGUUAUGUUUCACUUGUGGGAAACCGGGGCACUGGAAAGGCUCGCCAGAAUGUUCAGGCGCAGUUUCCAAUAACAAGAUAAGUUUUUUAAAUGUUUUAAAAUGUUUGCCAAAAUCCAAGGCGGAUACGAUUAAAAUGGAUACAGGUACUGUAUACAAGCUCAAUAAUGGUGUAGAUAAGUCGGAUUCUCCAGUAGGUAGAUAAAAGGUACAUUUGCCAAUGUGGAAAAAAGCAACUGAUAGCAGGUAUAUUUUAGACGUUAUUGAACAAGGUUAUAAGCUUCCUUUCAAAACUAUUCCGGAAAAUUCUCAGAUAAAAAAUAAUAAGUCGGCAAGAGACAAUCCUGUAUUCGUAGAAAAAGAAAUCGAAUCAUUAAUCGAAAAGGGCAUUGUGUCUAAGGUAUAUAGCAAACCUUACAUUGUGAAUCCUCUGAC